CAUUUUAAACCCCGGUUCCCCCAUCGAGCUCCUCUCUAGCAUCUCACCUCUCCCGACCCCGACCUACUUGACUCCUCCACGCUGCAGGUUUUAAGCCAUCGGGAAUGCUUGUUCGGAGAUAUUGUAGCAUAGCUUAUGAGAUUUCGUCUACGAAGCAAUGGUGUCACUGGACAGUUAUUGCUUGUCAACAUUUGAGGACUUGAUCGCUUGGAUGGGCGAUAGACACUGAGGAGAUGUCAUUAAAGUUUCCUCAGGGUUUCUCUUUCUUUGGAGGCGGGGGAUGGUUUGAUGAUAAAAAGAGCAACUCGUCCAAAAAACCUGAUGUUUCUCCAUCUUUAAAGCUACAAACAGAUAAAGAAGUGUACAGGCCUGGGGAUUUUAUCACCGCAACGAUAGAAAUAAGUAAUCCUGCAAUUUCCAAGGAUACAAAUGUGGCUGAACCAUCCACCAAUGAAGUUUGCUCACUUUUGGUUGAUAACCUUGCGGUUGAAAUUAAAGGUGUCGAAAAGCUGGACGGCCAGUGGUUUUCCAUACAGAAGCCGUUGCCAGGAUCGAAGCAGAAAAGAGGUGAAACCAUUUUUUUGGAUUGUACAGCACCAGCAACUGUUUCAAAAGUGAUAGUUUCUUGUGGACGUACUAAAACAUAUAUGAUACGGGUUCAACUGCCUAUGAUCUUACCCCCAUCUUACAGGGGUACCAGCAUUCGCUAUUUUUAUUAUGUUCGCACCACAAUCUCUGCAAGGUGGCUUGUACUAGAAAAUGGCCAUCAUGAUAAGUGGCCUGGAAAUGAUCUGAUUAAAUUGGAAGCUCGAGCUCCUUUGCAAGUAUGGGCGAUGCAAAAGAGCAACAAUUUUCUGAACGAGGAAGGAGCUUUGUUUUCUAAUGCAAUUCAAAUGGAUAUAUAUUGGAAAGAGAAGGAUGCAGAUUCUGAUUGGGUUCAAGCAAACGAUUUUUUAGAUGUAUAUGAAGAAGGAUAUGACAGUUCAAGGGAUGAGGUGUCAUCUGUUUCGUCUUAUACUCCUGCCAGAGGAAAUAUUGACUUGGCAGUCAAAAAGUCCUCAUCCUCUCAGUCAAUCUCGGCAAGGUUCUCCAGUACUGAAUACCAAUAUGCCCAGGGAGAGCGCUCCUCUCACUUGUCAUACAUACCUCUUUCUAAGCUCUCUGUAGCAGAGGUCGUUGAUAAUUCUGAUGAAAGUGUAGUUUUUCCUCAAAAGGAACUUGAUCGUUCUUCUUCUUUGUACCCUUAUCAAAAGAAACUUUCAAGAUCUUUCGACUCUAGGGAUGAUAUGGCAUCAACAUAUGCCAUGCGAUCUGCUGAACCACUGUCAUCAGAAGGCUUUAUUCGUGGAAGAUCCUACAACAUAAGGAUAGAUGACCAAGUCUUGCUCCGAUUUUCACCAAAAAACUCUGACUCAACUUAUUAUUUUGGUGAUAUGAUUGGUGGUACUCUCACCUUCUUUCAUGGAGAAGGACCCAGGAGAUGCCUUGAGGUAUCAAUUACAUUGGAGAUGUUAGAAGUUAUCAAUCAACAAUGUGUUCAUCCUUCGAGGAAGAAUGCUCCUACAAUAACAAAGGUACAAAAUGAUCACCAUGAAGUAGUUGCUGAUUUGGCGCAAACAAGCUUUAUUUUCUCAAUCCCGCGAGAUGGACCCAUGUCCUUCUCCACUCCAUAUAUUUCCGUUCAAUGGUCUCUACGAUUUGAAUUUUUCACCACACCAAUGCACGUAAACUUGAACAGGUAUGAGCAUCCUCUGCUUGUUGAACAAAGAGAAAAGGGCGAUUGGGUUCUUCCUAUUACUGUAUGUGCCCCUCCACUUCGUGCUGAAACCCUGCAUACCAGAAAUGAAAAGGAUUUUUCUGUUGGAAGUUUGUUUCCUUCUUGAAGGCAAAUAUGACAAUUCUCUAAGGACAACGACAAUUGAUACAACCCGCUUACAAGCAACUACUAGGAACUUGUGAGUGUUUGUGAUCGACAACGUACAAACUAUGAACGUAAUGGGUUCACUGCAAAUAUAGUUAAGAGAACUACAAUGCAUGCGACACACUGCCUAUAAGCGGAGGACAACAUACUUGUGAUAUUCACGAGAUCGUACGAACCGUUGUAGGAGACUUUUUAUCUACAAGCAAAUAUAGAAGAAUUGCAGUAAUGCAAACACCUACGAGCUACUACAGCACUAGAAGAUUUGCAUGCAAAGUAGCUUGCCUACAGGUAAUGGUAGAAGGCUUGUAAUACUUAUAACGAUCUUGCCUACAAGCAGUAAUAGUUGAUGUACUGCAAGUGCGAUGUGUUCUCUACAGGCAUAAAUGAGGAGAUUGCAACAAGUGCGACACACUUCCUGCAGACAAAAGCAACAAGACCAUGAUAAAUGCAAGUAUUUAUGAACCGCUGUAGGAUAUUUGUUAGUGCAUGAUAGUCUACCUGCAUAACGUAGUAAAUUGCUCAUAGCGCUACGCUACAAUUCAUCUGUAAGCAGAAGCAGAGAGUCAGUAGUAAAAAUUGUGGGCUACUAAUAAAUUGA